CACGGCUGCGACGCGAGCUGGCGAGGAGGAGCGCUCGUCGGUGCGUGUCGGCGGUGGCGACGGCGCGUGCUGCGAGGACGAGGUGAAUGCACGGCGGCCGCGGUGUGUGCCAGUGGUGUGCGCGCUCGUCGCCCGUGGAAACCCGCCAAAACCCGCGGCCGCGAACAACCACUAUCGUCAUCCCCAACAUCGCUACCAUCAACAGUAGCACCAGCAACAACAAAAACAACGAUAUCAACAACGUCGGCGGUAGAAGGAUCCUUUCGGACGACGACAACAACGACGACAAAGGCAUCUUCGUAGGCAGGAGCUACAAAAAUCCCGUGACGGGCAACAACAAAAACAUCAGGAAUAUCAGCGGCCGUCGCGGUGUUACUUGCGCACGACGACGACGACGACGACGACGUUGUUGUUAUUAUUGCCGUGCCGUCUUGUCGACUGCGGCGUUGUCCCGGCACGACGCCGCUGCCGGUGACGGCUGGUCUCGGGCGGUGGUGGAAAGGAAAUAGAGAGAGGAAGGUCGUCGCGCUCGUGUGACGGCGGCGACAACGACAACGGCGACCACCCAGCUCACGCGCUGUCGUUGGCGACAGCGACGUCGGCGGCUGCGUUCUGUUAUUAUUUUGCCGCGGUGCUUUUGACCCUUCGUACCGGGCGAGUUCAUUGCGGCGCUUUCGCGGGGGUGUCAGCCGGUAGGAC